AUGGUCCCUUCGCUACCAACACAAUCGUACCGCGGCCACGGAUCUCCCGCCGACCUCCAGGGUAGUUUCCAAACUGGCCUUGUGGAGACUUCCAGAAUGCAAGGCUACAUCGGACUGUGCGAUGUGCCGUCGCCAAACACCGACAAUGCCAAUAUGGCACGCACGGGUUCUGUCGAUGAGGUCCUACGGCCCAAGCCCUCAGGUGGCAGCAACAGGCGCAGGGUCCAAAACUACGCAGUCGACGACACAGGAUCGGUUGACGAAGACAAUGCCAGCACCAUCAGGAGACAGCGCAACACCAUCGCCGCCCGCCGGUAUCGCCAAAAAGGCCGCGACCGUAUCGCCGAGUUGGAGUCCGCCCUGAGGGUCGUGGAAGAGGAGCGAGACCGGCUCAAGUUGGAGCUUGCAAGGAAAGAGGCCGAGGUUGACGCGUUGAGGGAGGUUUUGAGAAAGUAG